AUGGAUAAUAGAUCGCCAAGAUCAAGAGGAAUCUUGGGUCCGAGACCAACACCAUUGAAAGUCCGUGGAGGUUCACACAAGAUCAUCAAGAAGCCACCAUUGGCGCCGCAUCCACAACCGCCGCCACCACAAAUCCAUGAGCAAGAAGAACCGUCGCAAUCACGGCCGCCACGUGGUCCAGUGAUCAUAUACACCGUAUCUCCCAAGAUUAUCCAUACACACCCUAAUAACUUCAUGACAUUGGUUCAACGUCUCACAGGUAAAACCUCUAGCUCCACAGCAUCAUCGUCUUCCUCUUCUAUACCCAUGUCAGCACCAAACGAUACGUCAGCAUCAUUUGAUGCAUCUCGUGGCUCUAUAUCUCCGGCAGCUCGGUUUGCUUCUACGGAGAGAGCUAAUACCUCGAAUGAACUAGGGAAAUUUGCGGGAGGCGUAGGGACAACAAUGGAUCAAUAUUAUACUCAUCAUCAUCAACAACAACAACAUCAACAUCAUCAUCAGAUCGAACGGCCAAGUUUUCACCAUGCAGGGAUAUUAUCGCCAGGGCCAACAUCUCUGCCGUUGAUAUCACCGGACUUUUUUUCUACGGUUGCACCAACCGAACCGCAAGGUUUUUCGUCCUUCUUCAAUGACUUUAACUCUAUCCUUCAGGCUAGUCCAUCGACGAUACAGUCUCCUUCUAUGGACGUUUUCAAUAAUUUUUUUGAUUCUUGAUUGAGUUAGUAAAUGUCAAGUUGAACUAGUUGUUUGACGAGUCUUUAAGGGGAUAGAAAGAUUUAUUUACGAUUUUUUUUCACAAUUUUUUUUUAGAGACAUUCCGAUGAAGUGAGAAGGUUUCUACUUGUUGCAUUUCGUGAUGAUGACAUCAUUUUUUAUCAUCAAUUUGGCAAUUUGAUGAUAUAUGUGUAUUCGUGUUUGGUGGGCGUCCCAUAUAUAUGG